AAAGCAACAAAAUGUCAGUUAGUUGGAUUUAAAACUGUGGACACUUGGAUAACGCCAACUGGUUACUAGGUCAAAAUGUCUGUAACCAAGGAGGAGGCUUUAUCUCCAGAUGAGCUGAGGAAGAGGCUUUACCAAACUUUUAAGACUAGGGGAGUGCUUGACACUCUUAAGACACAGCUUCGAAACCAGUUGAUUCAUGAAUUGAAGCACCCUGUCGCGGCUGGAGAAAAUGUGCCCAGUCCAUUUUCUAUGAGAUCAGAUUCUGUGCUUGUAACAGCCUCUAACAGUCUGGUGGCUGAUCACCUACGGAACUCCGGAUAUGAAUACACACUGUCUGUGUUUUACCCUGAAUGUGGCCUUGGCAAGAAUAUGCUUUUCAACACAAGAGAUCUUCUCCAGCUGAUGAAAAUAAGUCCAGGCUCACCUCUUUAUAAAACUCUGGCAUUGCGGACUCAGGCGGAUAAGAAAGGGUUGCUCAUCAGCCUCCUGAUGGAACUAACAGAUGCUCACAUGCAUAAAGACCGCUGUGAUGUUGAUACCCAGACCACCACGACACCAAGUUACAGAGAGUCUCUGGUUGACAAGAUGAAGGUUAUUGAUGAGGAGUAUGAGGCGCUUCGUUACCGUGGGGACAAGUGGGUUUCAUAUGAAGCGAAACUGGCUGCCUAUAGAAAAGAGAUUGAGGCGCAGGUGCAAGCAGAAAUGAAUGCAAAGUUACAGCAUUUCAAAGAAGUGGAGAUGGCCAAGGUGAAGAUGGAAGAGAAAGAGAGGUCCCGUAAAGAGAUGUUUGAGUUGAAACAGGAGAUGGAGAGAACAAAUGAACAGAAGGCCGAGGCGUUGAUCACCAGGGAGAAACACGCCAUAGAAAGGCUACAAAAACAACAAGAGAUCGAGGAAAAGGAUGUCUUCAUGCAGAGACAAGCCCUGCUGAAGGAAAUCGAAACCGUCCGAAAUAGGGAAACAGAGCUGAAGAUGAGGAUUGAAGCUUUUGAAAAGACCUGCAAAAUUCAAGAGGAGAAGAACAAGACCAUGGAUGAUUUGCUCAGGAGGAGAGAACUUGCAGUAAAAACGAUGGAGGACACGUACGACCAACAACUAAAGAAUGAACUUUCAAGGUAUCAGUUGGAGUUAAAGGAGGAUUAUGUGAAGAGGACUGAGAAGCUAACAGAAAAUGAGAAAAAAAACCAAGUGGAAUCUUGCCGUAUACAAAAUGAGUCGUCCUCUCUCGAUGCCAAGCUAAAGGAACACACCAGAGCCCGUUCUGAGCUGAGGCAACUGCAGACGGAGCUGGACACAGCCCAGGCACAGGCCUCCAUCCUGGGCCAGCAGAACGAGCUGCUGAGGGAGAGGCUGGGGACCAUGAGCGACUACCCCAGCCUGAGAAGGGAGAAGGUGGAGCUGCAGGCCCAGCUCAGGCUGCUUAGGAAGCAGCUGGAGGAGGCCCAGGGGGAGAACCAGCUGCUACGAGCAGACCUGGGCCGGCCAUCCAAGGAGCAGCUGGGCCUGCAGGCAGAGCUGCAGCGCCUGGAGAGCGCCCGGAGGCUGGACAGGGAGGAGUGUGAGAGCCAGAGACAGGUGUUGCAGGCUCAGCUCCAGAGCGAGGUGGAACUUUGUGCUCAGUUGAAGGCCCAGCUUAUCGAGUGUGAGGAGAGGACCCAGUGGAUGACCACCCAUGCUGAGGACGUCAAACUUCAGCUCCGUCAAACACAACAAGCUCUGGAGAGCGAGGUGCUUCGUCACCCCAAGCCCUCUCUGGUGGACCGCUCAGUGCUGGAUCUCAGCCCUGACAAGCUGGUACCCCCUGAUAUCUAUGUGGACAGGGCUCUGCUCAGGGUCAGGGGGCCUUACGGGGAUGUGUGUGAAGCAGGUGGACCCUCCAGAGGGCGAUCAGGCCGCUGGGGCAGAAGCAGCUCCCCGGAUUCAGACGGGGAUCUGGUGGCCGGAGCCAAAGCCAGGAUCAGGGUGCUGGAGAAGGAGGCAGAGACUCUGGAGGAGGCCUACAGGAACUACCAGCAGAGGGCAGUGCACGCUGCCGUAUCUCACAUGCUGCCCCCGCGACCACUCUCUCCGCAGCGGGCGACCGUCUCCCACCGCCCUCUCUCGCCUCCGAGGCAACACAUACCCCAGCUCUCUCGCCCCUUCUCCCCUCAGCACCCCCAGGUCUCUCAGAGACCUCUGUCACCCCAAAGACCCACCUCUCUGCACCACAGCAGAACCCCCCCAGCACCCCACCCCAGGGUGACCUUUUCAGACGACCAAGGCCAGCACUGGUUCCCAGGCCCAGGAAGCAACCGGGGUCUUCAGUCCCUGGACCUCAGUGAGUCCCAGUGGUCAGCAGAGAGAAACCCCCAAGAAGGAACAUCUUCUCCCUCCAGGCGGCUGUCCUCAACCCCCCUCUCCCUGUCCAGGCGCCAGCUUCAAACAGAGACUGUGGAAGAGGCAGCGUCUGGCUCUCCCGUGCCCUUCCCCGAGCUGUCCCCUGAUAGGCCCGUGUCUCCCGUACGCUCGGCAGACGCGGCGGCAUCCUCUGGAGACUUCGCCUCCGACCUCAGUUCUCCUCGCAGCCCGCAGCUCAAGAGCACAGCGCGAGACCAGUGCAGCCCCCCCCAGGUCCAGACGGUCUUCUCCAGCUCCGACUCGUCCCCCCAGCCUGAGAAGAUCACCUUAGAGGAUCUCGCAGAACACCUGCCAGAACCCAGCCACAUUCCAGAGCUGCUCCUGGACACGGCCAUCCCUCUCUCUGAGGAGGCCCCUGACGGCCCCUCGGCUCCCCUCCCCCAGGCCCCCAGGGACCCCCCAGAGACACACAUGCAGACAGAGGAGCAGGGGGAUGAACCCGUCAGGGAGGUGGAGAAUGAGGAAGAGGAGGAGCUGAGGUGGGAACGAGAGAGGAGAGAACGAGCGGAAAGGCGACAGCGAGAAUGGGAAGAAGCCCAGGAGAGGGAACAGAGGGAACUUGAAAAACUGGAGAAAGAGAGGCUUUUAGAAGAGGAACGUCUGCAGGCAGAAAACAAAUCACAGGAGGGAGGAGGCCUGGAGGAACCAGAGCAUAAGGACCCAAUGGGGGGUGGUGAGGAGAUGUCCACAGACGUGAACCCACUUGAGAAAUACAUGAAGAUGGUUCUGGAGACAAGAGAGAAGCAGCAUGCACAGAGCCCUGGGAGAGAGGAACAGGAAGAGACAAGCCCAGAGGCAAGGAGUGUGUCCGAGGAGAAAGAUGACAGCAUUGCUGCGUUCUCUCAUGAAGAUGUGGAUGAUGAGUUCUGGUGAGCUGAGGUGAUGCAUAGGACAUGUAUUUAGAUCACAAUCCGUUUUGAUCAGCAACCCAUUUUGAUCCGGUUUGAUUUUGGAUAGUUAUGUUUGUGAAUGAUAGUUCCUAGGUACAUUGACUGUACUUAACACUAAAUACAGUGUUUUGUUUAUGGUGCAAUUGUUUUUAUUUUCUUAUGCAUUCUGUUUUUAACAUCUAUAAAAACUAUGCUUGUUAUAGUUUUCAAUGGCGUUGUGCUUGCCGUGAACAAUAAAUGCCAAAUGAAAGUA